UUUCCUGGUUAUGAAGUUUCUCUUGAAAGUGCCAUAACAUUGAUUAUCAGGGAGUUGAGAUUACAUGGUGUGCAGAAAGAAAUAAUUGACCCAAGCCUCAAGCUUGAUGGUAGGCCAUUUGCAGGUGAGAACGCAAUCUUUACUAAAUACAGUGUAACUUAUUUCCAGAUUUCUUUAUUGUAUUUUGCAACAACUGUGUUGCACUUAAGAAAGAAAAACAUAGAAACAAAAUCAACAGUGAAAUUGGGUUAAAAAUUAUGACACCAAGGGACAUACAAUAGUGUCCAAAUUAUUUCUUAACUGUGACUGAAACAAGUUCAUCCUAACGAAACCCUGUGAUCUUUUAUCAUGGGUGUAGUCUCGGACUGAAAUAGUCUUUUUCAUCAGUAUUCUUAAACAUUUACCGUUCCUUAUCCAUAAUUUUCACUUGAAAGAUAUUCAGUCAUAGACAGUGCAGAGAUAAAAUAAUGUAAAGCAGGGUAUAUAAUAUAUGGGACUUUAAAACUUGUUGUCCAUAUUAUUGUAGCCUUUAUUAGGGAGUAAAUUUUAGAGAAAAUACAUGUGCUUUUUGUUGCAACAAAUCCGUUAAAUACAGGUGUCUGUAUUAAGUUUGAGGGGGGGGGGGGAGGGUAACAUCAAAGUGGCAAGGUAAACAUAACCAAACACUUUGAACUCUAGGUCAUGAAGUGGUGCUUAAAUUUUUGAAAUGCCUUUUUUUUUUGUUUCCUCUCAUUUGUAGGGCACAGUCAGGUCCUAAUGGGUGUAGUCCCCAAAGACACACCAUUCAUGUGUAAUCAGAGCUGCAAAUCUGUGUGCCCUUUAGCUAUUGCUAAUUGUAAGGAAGACAGGUAUGUUGUAUUUAAAUUUGAUUCAUUAGUCAAAUAGUUAUUUGUUUCCAAAAUAACUAGUUUUGUUAGUGAAAAUUAUUAUUGUACCUUUUUGACUGUGUAAUUUUUGGUUGUCGACCAGUUAUACAUGCAAGCUGAAAUAAUUUGUGGAUUUACAACAAAUUUAUCAUAUGAGGCCUAAAGGCCCCAGUAAACGAUCAUUUUUGAAAAUUAAUUUACCGCAAAGGUCUUAAUUUAUUAGUGGGCCACUCAAACCCGACCUUUAUAUGUUUUCAAGUCUUAAGAACUAUCUGCCGCAGACUAGACUAGCAGCAUGGUAUUUCAUUUCCUUUUUUUUUCAUUUUAGUAAUAACUUCAGUUUACUGGUAACUUUACUUUUUAUUAUUAUUAGGAAAAAAACCUAAAAAAGCUGAUUGUUAAUGUUAGCAGACAAAAGGAUGCACUAAAGAAGAAUGGAAUCACAGUGGAUGGAGUGCAUUAUGCUGUGAGAUUUAAAGGUAAGUUUCACAUAAUAAUUAAUAAGGUAUUUUUUAGUACCAUAAUUUUCAAUCCAAAUGCCUGCAUGUACAUUGACCACUCUUUUCAAAUAUUUAUAUCUACAGUUAUACUUGACCUGAAGGCCCUCUAUUUUUUGCUGGAACAAAUAGGAAAAGCGAACCUUAAGCUUGGGAAACGAGGAACUGAAGUAGAGUGUUGCUUUAUCUGCAAAGCAUUGAGGGUAUGUGGAUACAUUCAAAAUCUCUGAGUCAACAAAUUGUACUAUGCAGGUUUUGACCUUACCAAUGACCAACUUACUAAUAUAGUACUAUUAGAUUUUCAGUUGUGCUGGGUAAAAUUUCUUAGAAAAAACUAGCCAUGAAUAAUGGCUAUUUUUAUGGGAUGUUGCGAUCUUGGUCCACGUACAGUUUGUUUGAAACACUUUAGCAAUUGUCCAAGGCCAGUAUUUCAGUUGUAUCCGGAACUUGUGCGCAUACAUUUUAUUUUGAGCGCGCAUUAUUUGUUUAUUUAUUUAUUGACGUGUACAUUUGGUUCGUUAAUUAACGUCUUAGUUUUACUUUGCGUUAUUUUCGUCACUUAUAUGUGUUGUCCGUGACUGUGCUCACAUCGUGGGUGGCUCCUCCUAAAAUGUUUUGCAAUUGGUAUAGGAUUUAAUGGAGCCGAAACCAAUUGUGGAAUUGCACGCAUUUUAGGCAUCCUACUGAUGAACAGUUGUGACACGGAGAUAUAUAUUUUUUAGCAACUAAUAUAAUUUGCAGUCUGUCCACUUUGAAUUGGAGGGUAAUUUAGUUAUAGUUUUGGUUUACUAAGAAUUCUCCGAUGAUACUUGUUGAGGCAUGCAGCCCUUGAUUAUUCAUGAAUUUCAGCAUUUGUAGUUGUCAUUUUGAAUUCACAGUAAUUUCGAAUUAUAAAAGACAUUCAAAACAUUAAGGUUAUCUCAAUACGGUUAACCUCUACUCAAAAAAUUAAAUUCCCUGGUAUAGUGAGUGAAUCCCUUCAUCCCAGCAUUUAUACGUAACAAGUAUGUUUUCUAUAAAAGACUCACUUUUUAUAUAGACCUCAUUUUAGCAAUAAUAUUUUGUAAAAUAAUUAAGCCUUGCCUUUUGCAAAAGGGGAAGUUCCACUGCAUGGAAAAGGAAGCAAAAAGCUUUUUCUGGAAAAACGUGGUGUUUAAUGCCCCUGUCUAUAAAAUGUUGACAGUUAUCCUUGUCUUGUUUUCCUAGAGAGCACAUAUUAUUUUUCCACAAUAAUAUACCACAGUCUUCCUUUACUGUAGGUGUGUCAAUGUUGUAGGGGCACUGUCAUAAAAGACUGAAAACCUGUCGAGUAAAAUACUUGAGUUUGAAAUCUAUAAAACUGUUAAGUACCACUUCAGGGGAGAUAUCCCCCACAACUAACAGAAUAAUUAAUCUUCUUUUUUCUAGUUUCAAAGGCAUCCGUGAUGACUUAGAGUUCCUUCUUAAAGAGGAUUUAUCGUCUAUUAAUCUCUGCGCCCUUCACUGCCAACUUAGAAAUACCGAAGAGUUGUUGUCAUCAUUGGGUUUGUUUUUGUACAAAGUGGGUUCACUUGAUGAAUGUAAUGCCGAAUUGGCAAAUUAUGGCCCUGAGAAUUUUAGCAGCAGAAUAACAGUGAAGAUGAAGGAGGGCCAAGAAACUGCUGUUGAAAAGCACAACAUUCAGGUGUCUUCAUUUUCAGGUACCUUCUAUAUUGUUUCAUUUUUAUCAUGAUUGCUUUCAUUCCCUUUAUCCGCUUCAGGGCUUUUACUUUUGUGCUGUAGCAGCUGCUUGAGUUUCAUUUGUACAAUACCUUGAUCCUUAAUAUGAAAACUGUAACACUGGUUUGUAAUGAAGAUGUCAUUAAGUUGUGAAUUUAAAUCCUGUUUGUUUCUUUCUGUACUAUUUUUCCUGAAGGUUCUACUGAACGUGAGUUCCUCACAAACAUUGAAACGAAUGUCAGGAACUCCUUGCCUCAUGACAAAUUGAAGUCAUAUUUUGCCGAUCCAGAAAGUACUAAAGAGGCGCUCCUGAAUAAAGUCACAUUUUGUAAUGAUAGAAUCAAGGUAUGGCUCAGGAUAUCACAUGAUUUGAAUGUUUUACUUAAACCAGUGCAACACACAAUAGUAUUUUUUGUGUAGUAUGUAGAAACGUACACUGAAAAAAAUGGUUUCUGUUUAAAAUAUUUAAUGAAUUUUUAAUAAUUUAAUGUUUUACUACUAUCAGGACAUGGCUAUUUCAAACACAAUGACCAGAGACUUUGGUUCAAAGCAGGAGACUAUUACCCUCACAGGUUCA